GAAUUCAGCCAUUGGAAAGUGAACAGCUUGGCUACAGAGAAGAGGGACGUUUUUAAGGCCCCCUUGCCGCUGGCGCCGGAAUUUCUACGCAACCUGAGGUUGCUGGGUCGAAGACCAAGUCUGCAGCAGAUCCACGAGAACUUGAUCAAGAAAUAUGGAACUCACUUUUUGGUGUCUGCUACGCUAGGAGGUAAGCAACUUCACAUACACCUACUCAGUGGCACUUAGCUCUAGGCUUCGUGGCUAAGGGAUGUUGUUACUCAUCUUGGUCUGUUCUCAAAAUUGCUUCAUCUCCUCAGAUAUUGAUCAUGUUGACUGCCUUAAAACAAACCAAAGGUUACUCAUACUGUAUAUAUUUAGUGUGCUCAUGAUAUCACUGUUGACAAGGUGGCAGGUAGGCUAGUGGUUAAGAGCAUUGGGCCAGUAACCGAAAGGUCGAUGGUUCAAAUCCCUGAGAAUGCAAGGUGGAAAUAUCUGCCGUUUUGCCCUAAGGCAAGGCAGUUAACCCCAAAUAACGACUGCUCCCCGUGCGCCAAUGACCUCGGUUAAGGCAGAAGACGCAUUUUGGUUGAUUACAUUCACUUGUGCAACUGACUAGGUAUCACCAUACCAGUAAUUCACCUCGAACAAAACGUAAUUUUUACUAUUCAAAAUAAGGUAAUGUUAAUACAUAUAGUCAGUCAUUCUCUGUUAGUAUGGACGAAGUCUGCUUUGUUGAUUUGGCAAUCCAUGAUUGAGGUAAUGCUGAAUACAUGAGGACAUUUCAACAGUUAUACACAUAGUUUGAGAUAUUGAAUGGUAUUCUCCCCCUAGCAUCUAAAUAAAUAAUUGGACAAACAGUCCUGGUUGUGGUCUCUAAACAUUUGCUAUGACAUCAACCAGAAUACUACUAUGUCUGAUGAGAUGUAGGCACUAAUUAUGAUGUCACUUAAUGGUGGAUAUAUGAACCGAAGUUACAGAGUCGAAGUGACAAGAAAGAUGAAUGCAGUGGCAAAGCCAUAGUGAGGUCUCAUAAUUACCGGCUCAAACAAAAGGGAUGGGACUAUAUGCUGCAUGCUAAUGAGAUAAUUCAAAUAACAAUGCACACAUUCUUAUGCUGGGUGCUGAUGGUAUCAAAUAGUCUCAAGGUAGAAGAGAGCAGCACGCUGUCUGGUCUAGCAGAAUCAUGUGAAUACUGUAGUGUUCUUUUGAAAAAUCUGGGUUUUCAUACAAGACAGAGAUAGACCUUUUUAAUCUGUCUGCAGUCUAUGAGCUUUUGUCUGAAUGCCUCCGUUAAUUCCUUUCAUGGAGGAUAAUGUCACCCAUUACUCUCAACAAGUAUUAAAACUUUUGGUGUCAUUAUGAUUAAAGUGACCCAGUUUUUCUAGUUGUUCUUUAUUAUUAAGGACCAUGUGUAUCUUUGACUGAAGAUCCCUCUGGGAUUUUUUUAGUUAUUAUUUUCUUAUAUUCUAUUCUCUUCUAUUCUAUCUUUCUACAGGAGAAGAAUCGUUGAUAAUCUUCCUGGAUAAGCAGAAGCUCAGUAAGAAAUCGGAGGGACAGGGAAACAGCUCGGUGGUCUCCCUGGAAGUAUUGCAUCAGUUGGCUGCCUCUUAUUUCACAGACCGCGAGAGCACCUUGAGAAGACUUCACCACUUACAGAUAGCCACCUCCGCCAUAAAGGUAAAUCUACUGCUACUCUCAGUCAUUGAAGCAUCCAGUUUAUUUUUCUGAAUAUAUUCGAUUAGUUUGCCAGAGUAUAUUCCAUUUUUCAGCUGAUUGUACAUGGAAGUUGUAUUUAGCCGGUUUAUUUUAAUGUAAAACAGAAUGAUGGUAGGCUACUGAGAACUUUGGCAUUGAGAAGUUGUUCUGUAAUACAAUGCUCAACUCUAGUAAAGGAAGGUUGCAUGGGUAAUUUUUUGUUGCUUAGCAGCUAACUACUUAGCAUACAUUUGAGUUCCAAACACACACUCUAAAAGGUAGGAUUAUCAUCAGCAUGCAUUGAGUACUGGUGUAUCAUGAUGACAGGAGGUGAGUGGGUGGACAGGGCUUGCUUUAAACUCAUUGAAAUAACAAAGUUCAUUUAAACACCGAACUGUAAGAUUUCUCAACUUUUCACCUUGGAUUAAAAAGAAAAGUAUUCUGAACAUUUGGGACUUGGCCGUGAUUUUAGAUAAGUGCUUAUAUAUGACAUUUUAGUCAUUAAGCAGUCGGUCUUAUCCAGAGCGACUUACAUUAGUGCAUUCAUCUUAAGAAAGCUAGGUGAGACAACAACAUACCACCAUCGUAGGAAGUACAUUUACGCAGACGUGGGAUUUAUUUAAAAUACUCUUUAAAGAGAGUUAGGUUUUCAGACGUUUUCGGAAGAUGGGCAGGGACUCCUUUGUCCUGACAUUAGGAAGAAGCUUGUUUCACCUUUGGAGUUGCAGGACAGAGAAAGAAGAGCUUUGACAGUUUGAAAGGGAACUGCCCAGUGCCAAGACAUCAGAUGUGGCAGAACGGAGUGCUCAGGUUCAGGGGAAAGGUUUGACCAUAGCCUGAAGGUAGGGAGGGGCAGUUCCCCUUGCUGCUCUGUAGGCAAGCACCAGGGACUUGAAAAUGAUGCAAGCUUAGACUGGAAGCCAGUGGAGUGUGUGCGGAGGAGCGGGGUGACAUGGGAGAACUUGAGAAGAUUGAACACCAGGCGUGCUGUGAUGUUCUGGAUAAGGUGCAGCCAAAAGAGGGUUGCAGUAGUCUAGAUGGGAGAUGACUAGUACCUGCACCGCUUCCUACGGAUGUUAUAGAGCAUGAAUCUUCAGGAGUGAGUCAAGAGAAAAGAGGAGAGGGCCUAGAACCGAGCCCUGGGGGACACCAGUAGUGAGAGCAUGUGGUGCAGACACAGAUCCUCUCCACACCACCUGGUAGGAGCGACCUGCUGGGUAGGAUGCAAUCCAGAAGUGUGCAGAGACUGAGACACGCAGCCCUGAGAGGGUGGAGAGGAGGAUCAAAUCAAAUUGUCACAUGCACUGAAUACAACAGGUGUAGACCUUACCGUGAAAUGCUUACUUACAAGCCCUUAACCAACAAUGCAGUUUAGGAAAAUAGAGUUAAGAAAAUAUUUACUAAAAAAAAAGUUCAUAAAAUAAUUAAGUAACACAAUAAAAUAACAAUAACGAGGCUUUAUACAGGGGGUACCGGUACUGAGUCAAUGUGUGGGGUACAGGUUAGUCAAGGUAAUCCGUACAUGUAGGAAGGGGUAAAGUGACUAUGCAUAGAUAAUAAACAGCGAUCUGAUGGUUCAUGGUGUCGAAGGCAGCAGAUAUACACUACAUGACAAAAGUAUGUGGACACCUGCUUGUCAAACAUCUCAUUCCAAAAUCAUGGGCAUUAAUAUGGAGUUGGUCCCUCCUUUGCUGCUAUAACAGCCUCCACUCUUCUGGGAAGGCUUUCGAAUAGAUGUUGGAUCAUUGCUGCGGGGACUUACUUCCAUUCAGUUCAAGAGCAUUAGUGAGGUCGGGCACUGAUUUUGGGGUUCCAAUUCAUCCCAAAGGUGUUCGAUGGGGUUGAGGUCAGGGCCCUCUGCAGGCCAGUCAAGUUCUUCCACACCAAUCUCGACAAACCAUUUCUGUAUGGACCUCGCUUUGUGCACGGGGGCAUUGUCAUGCUGAAACAGGAAAGUUCCUUCCCCAAACUGUUGCCACAAAGUUGGAAACACAGAAUCAUCUACAAUGUCAUUGUAUACUGUAGCGUUAAGAUUUCCCUUCACUGGAUCUAAGGGGCCUAGCCUGAACCAUGAAAAACAGCCCCAGACCAUUAUUCCUCCUCCACUAAAUUUUACAGUUGGCACUAUGCAUUGGGGCAUGUAGCGUUCUUCUGGCAUCCGCCAAACACAGAUUAGUCCGUCGGACUGCCAGAUGGUGAAGCGUGAUUCAUCACUCCAGAGAACGCGUUUCCACUGCUCCAGAGUCGAAUGGCGGGGAGCUUUACACCACUCCAGCCGAUGCUUGGCAUUGCACAUGGUGAUCUUAUGCUUGCGUGCGGCUGCUCGGCCAUGGAAUCCCAUUUAAUGAAUCUCCCGACAAACAGUUCUUGUCCACACACUUUCUGUAUAUAUAGUAUAUCAAGGUGGAUGAGAACAGAGGAGAGUCAGCAUGUUGUGCUGUGACUCAUAGAAAGCCUUUCAGACGCUUUUUUCUCCCCAAUUUCGAUCUUGUCUCAUCGCUGCAACUCCACAACAGGCUCAGGAGGCGAAGGUCGAGUCAUGCGUCCUCUUAACACCCGCACCAAUGUGUCGGAGGAAACACAGUUAAACUGUCAACUUGUAGGCACCCGGCCCACCACAAUGAGUCGCUAGAGCGCAAUGAGCCAAGUAAAGCCACCCCUGCCAAACCCUCCCCUAACCCGAUUGUGCGCCACCCUAUGGGACCCCCGAUCACGGCCAGUCGUGAUACAGCCCAGGAUCGAACCCGGGUCUGUAGUAACGCCUCUAGCACUGCGAUGCAGUGCCUUAGACCGCUGCGCCACUCGGGAGGCCUCAGAUGUUUUUUUCUUUAAAUCAAGCAGAAAGAGCCAUAACGCUAGUACUGUAGUGGUGUUCCAUUUAGCCUAUUAGAUUCAAGUGGGGUAUUUUAGGCUUUUUAAUGAUCAGACUUUACAUUAUUUAGACAACAUCCUGGUCAGCUAGUCAUUCAUAGUGUUCUUUAAAUAGACAAAUGUGUUGCAGUUUAUUUUAGAGUCCUUUAUUUUCUAGAUAUUUACCUGUGAAGCUACAUACCGUGUGGGGUAAGUUGUUCUCUGUUACCAAAUUGUGUCUUGUGUUCCCCAACCGUCUAGUUACGUCUAGAGGACAAAUGUCCCAUUUGACCAAUGGUACACUUGACAGUCAUGACUACAUACAGUACAAUCCCGUGUAGCUCAGUUGGUAGAGCAUGGCGCUUACAACGCCAGGGUUGUGGGUUCGCUUCCCACGGGGGAACAGUAUGAAAAUGUAUGCACUCACUAACUGUAAGUCGCUCUGGAUAAGAGCAUCUGCUGAAUGACUAAAAUGUAAUUAUAUGUUAUGACACUUAAGAUAUCCUCAAGAUAUUGUGAGUAGGUUUGGCCGUAGACUACACCGAGAGCAAAAUAUAAAGAUAAUGAUAACAAUAUGACAUGAUCCCAGUAGCAGUUCUAUACUGUAUGUUUACAGCUUGAUCUACUUUAAUUGAUUGAAAUACAUUUAAUUUAAUCUACUUCAAUAGCGCUGUUUGGACUGUGUGAUUAUUGGUCAAGUCUAUAGAGUUACCAUUAGCAUUUCACAGAGGACUGGUACCUUCAUAUUUGUCCGAAAGUUUCACAAUGGGCUGUACUAGCUGUAUGUAUGUUAGCUAACUGCAGGACUGUCUAAAUAACAUUAGCUGUCAGGUCCGAUUAAGCACCAGGAAUCAGUGUUUUGAACUACACUGAGUAUACAAACAUUAGGAACACCGGCUCUUUCCGUGACAUAGACUAACAAGGGGAAUCCAGGUCAAAGCUAUGAUGCCUUAUUGAUGUCACCUGUUAAAUCCACUUCAAUCAGUGUAGCUGAAGGGGAGGAGACAGGUUAAUUAAAGAAGAGGAUUAAAGAUUUUUAAGCCUUGAGACGACUGAGACAUGGAUUGUGUAUGUGUGCCAUUAACCGCAUUUCCAUCCACAGUUUUUAUGCGAGUAAAGUCAUACCGUAUAAAAACAAUCAUGACAACUGUGAUGGAAACAGGAAGUGUCUAUACAAUUUUAUAAAUGCCGACAGAUAAUUUGUUUGUUUGACAUGGUGGGAUCUUUUUGAGUCUAUAAAAUUAAUUAUGCGAGAAAUGGAGAUGGAAAUUCCUUUAUGUGCAAAUAUUGAUAUAAUAACCAUCAUAUCGAAGUAAACUUUUUCAGUUUGGUGGAAACACACCACUAGUGGGAAAAUGCGUUAUUUUCUUCAUGCAGAUUUUAUAAUAUUUGCAUGAAAAUCUGCCGCCAAUUGGAUGGAACCCUAGCUACUCAAGGGUUGAAUGGGCAAGACAAAAUAUUUAAGUGCCUUUGAACGGGCUAUGGUAGUAGGUGCCAGGCGCACCGGUUUGAGUGUGUCAAGAACUGCAAUGCUGCUGAGUUUUUCACGCUCAACAGUUUCCUGUGUGUAUCAAGAAUGGUCCACCACCACCACCCAAAUGACAUCCAGCCAACUUGACACAACUGUGGGAAGCAUUGGAGUCAACAUGGGCCAACAUCCCUGUGGAAUGCUUUCGACACCUUAUAGUCCAUGCCCCGACGAAUUGAGGCUGUUCUGAGGGCAAAGGGGGGUGCAACUCAAUAUUAGGAAGGGGUUCCUAAUGUUUUGUACACUCAGUGUAUGUUAUAGGACAGAUAGGUAAAAACUCAUAUGAAGAACUCUGCAAAUACCUGGCUUCAGCCCUGCAGUGCUUCAAGACGAGAAGCUGCUGGUUACAUUUUUGCUAAAUUAUCAUCUCUAGUAUGUGAGCAACCUACUCCUCAAUGCUCUGCCAACUGAGCUAAUCAUCCAUGAGAGAGUGGGAUGUGCUUGACCUGCCUGCGUACAUGCCUUUAGGCUUUGUGGUUGCAAUGAAACUUCUGGAGGAGGAAUGAAAUAUAUUAUCUUACGUAAUGCAGGGGGACCAUAAAGUACUUCAACUUAGUUGGAAAAUAUCACAGUAUGUGGAAUGCAGUAUAGUCCACAAUGCAUAGCAUGUAGUGCUGCACUGACUUCAUAUUGUUUGACAAGGGUCGAUUGAAAAACAAUAUUUUACAAUGAAUCAUCUGUAAAACACCUUAUUUACUGAGUAUUGUAGCUCACUGGCAGCAUUUCAUUGACAAGAAAUAAAAUGUACUCUUACAUAACUGCGAGGGAGAUUUGGAAGGAGAUUUGCAAGGGAGGUUUAUAUUGAUAGAUGCGGUAAAGACGUCAAUUGGAAUGCAGACCGUGGGGGAUAGAAAGAGGUCGCCGGAUUGGCACACAUCCAACAAAUCUGAUCUAACAAAGUUAAUAUUUGUCAAAUCCGUCAUGAUUGAGGUAUUGUAACAGGCCCACAAUUUGGUUACUAAAGUACGAUUAUGAUAUAUUUGACUGUUUUCGCUGCAUAACAUUUAGAAGUUAUUCCUUUUCAGGUUUAGAAGAAGUGACUGCUAAUGCUAACUCCUGUUCGUAUAAGCUGAUAGCAUAGCUAGCAUACAGAAAUCGGUGGUGGUAGUCAAAGCCAUUUUUAACUGCAAUGCAGUUGAUUGGUGACGAUGACAUGAACAUGUAUUGGGGUUGACAUCCAUGCAAGCAUUAUACUCUGAUUUUUACCUCAACAUGCUUUCCACCUGGCUACCCCUACCCCGGCCACAAGCUCUGCACCCUCCGCUGCAACUUGCCCAUCCCCCCCCCCCUCGCUUCUCCUUCACCCAAAUUCAGAUAGCUGAUGUUCUGAAAGAGCUGCAAAAUCUGGACCCCUACAAAUCAGCUGGGCUAGACAAUCUGGACCUUUUCUUUCUAAAAUUAGCCGCCAAAAUUGUAGCAACCCCCGUUACUACAUUUACAUAUUUAGCAGACGCUCUUACCAGAGCAACUUACAGUUAGUGAGUGAAUACAUUAUUGUUUUUAUUUUUCAUACUGGCCCCCCGUGGGAAUUGAACCCACAACCCUGGCAUGUGGGAAUUGAACCCACAACAGCUAGCACUGCGAUGCAGUGCCUUAGACCACUGCGCUAGUUACUAGCCUGUUCAACCUCUCUUUUGUAUCAUCUGAGAUCCCCAGAGAUUGGAAAGCUGCCGCGGUCAUCCCCCUCUUCAAAGAGGGUGACACUCUAGAUCCAAACUGUUACAGACCUAUAUCCAUCCUGCCCUGAAUUUCGAAAGUAUUUGAAAGCCAAGUUAACAAACAGAUCACCGACCAUUUCGAAUCCCACAGUACCUUCUCCGCUAUGCAAUCUGGUUUCCGAGCUGGUCAUGGGUGCACCUCAGCCACGCUCAAGGUCCUAAACGAUAUUAUAACCGCGAUCGAUAAAAGACAGCACUGUGCAGCCGUCUUCAUCGACCUGGCCAAGGCUUUCGACUCUGUCAACCACCGCAUUCUUAUUGGCAGACUAAAUAGCCUUGGUUUCUCAAAUGACUGCCUCGCCUGGUUCACCAACUACUUCUCAGAUAGAGUUCAAUGUGUCAAAUCGGAGGGCCUGUUGUCUGGACCUCUGGCAGUCUCCAUGGGGGUGCCACAGGGUUCAAUUCUCGGGCCGACUCUAUUCUCUGUGUAUAUCAAUGAUAUCGCUCUUGCUGCUGGUGACUCUUAGAUCCACCUCUACGCAGACGACACCAUUUUGUAUACAUCUGGCCCUUCAUUGGACACUGUGUUAACAAACCUCCAAACGACCUUCAAUGCCAUACAGCACUCCUUCCGUAGCCUCCAACUGCUCUUAAACACUAGUAAAACUAAAUGCACGCUCUUCAAUCGAACGCUGCUUGCACCCGCCCACCCGACUAGAAUCACUACUCUCGGCGGGUCUGACUUAGAAUAUGUGGACAACUACAAAUACCUAGGUGUCUGGUUAGACCGUAAACUCUCCUUCCAGACUCACAUUAAGCAUCUCCAAUCCAAAGUUAAAUCUAGAAUCGGCUUCCUAUUUCACAACAAAGCCUCCUUCACUCAUGCUGCCAAACAUGCCCUCGUAAAACUGACUAUCCAACCGAUCCUUGACUUCGGCGAUGUCAUUUACAAAAUAGCCUCCAACACUCUACUCAGUAAAUUGGAUGUAGUCUAUCACAGUGCCAUCCGUUUUGUCACCAAAGCCCCAUAUACUACCCACCAUUGUGACCUGUACGCUCUCGUUGGCUGGCCCUCACUACAUAUUCGUCGCCAAUCCCACUGGCUCCAGGUCAUCUAUAAAUCUCUGCUAGCCAAAUCCCAGCCUUAUCUUAGCUCAUUGGUCACCAUAGCAACACCCACCCGUAGUAUGCGCUCCAACAGGUAUAUCUCACUGGUCAUCCCCAAAGCCAACACCUCCUUUGGGCGCCAUUCCUUACAGUUCACUGCUGCUAAUGACUCCAGUGUUAAUACUAAAUUGUAAUUAUUUUGCACUAUGGCCUAUUUAUUGCCUUACCUCCAUAACUUACUACAUGUGCACACACUGUAUAUAGAUUUUCUGUUGUGUUAUUGAUUGUAUGUUUUGUUUAUCCCAUGUGUAACUCUGUGUUAUUGUUGUUUUUAUCGCACUGCCUUGCUUUAUCUUGGCCAGGUCGCAGUUGUAAAUGAGAACUUGUUCUCAACUGGCCUACCUGGUUAAAUAAAGGUUAAAAAUAAAAAAUGUAAAUAAAAUACAUAUCUAAACAAUAGCCUAAAUGUAACUAAUGUUGCUGGGGGGCAAUGAGGAGAUUUGGGAUCUUUCCCCCACGUGUUUCCAUGGCAUUUCCAUUGUUUGGGUCGAGUUCCAUUGACUUCUUUACCGCAUCUAUGGGUGAGAUAUUAUGAGGUCAAAGUGACACCACAACAUUUGCCAAUGUAAAACAUAAUUUACUGGUCAAAAUUGCUCAAUUUGUAUCUGUUUUCAUAGCUUUUCUAUGUAAGGGAUAAACACAGACGUUCUGUACAUUACCUUCGAAAUAAUGGACGACGCAGCGGGACGAGGCAGACAUAGCAUUCUCUGUAUAGGGGUGAGAUCGCAUUUUUAACAUGAAACAUAGUUUCCGAGGUCGGACAGGCAGACAGCAAGGUUUAUACAAACCAUCACAUACAAUAUUGUCUUUGAUAUACAGGUUAAGACAAGAGGAUUCUAAUAUCCCAUAACUCUUUGCGCCACUAUUCAACAAGGGACCAGCUUCUACAUUCGGAAUGACUGGGAGUGAAUGGUAGUAGCACAGAAAGUUUGCCAUCAAAGUGGAAAGUAAACACAAUCGUAGUGAACUUCAGCUAACUACUCAACUGCUUUAAUGACAUUCUAUUCAUUUAUUAACAGCCACUUUUUACUGGAUUACCUGACCGCUGGUCCCAUGAAUGUUUAUUUUUAACGCUUCCGCAUGGAAUUAUUACGUUGUCUUAACCUUCCCAUCUUCAACUUAUUGUAGCUUUUACUCAGGUCGAAAAUAUAUUUCAUCUUCAACAUAGCUUUUACUUCCUGGCAUAGGUCCACCCAUUAUGCCGGCAUUGACUAUUAAUUAUAUUUCUAUGUGUUAGACAACCUAACAACCAGGUACAUGAUUCACCAGUAGGCCUAAUAAGGCAUUAAAAUAUCUCCUUGUUUCCUAGGUAACAGAAACUAGGACCGGGCCCCUUGGAUGCAGUAACUAUGACAGCCUUGAUUCUGUUAGCUCUGUCUUGGUACACAGUCCUGAAAAUAAAAUACAUCUA